AUGGCUUCACAAACCGCCAAAGAAGAUUGCAAAGGCUAUGCUGCAAGAGAUCCAUCCGGAGUCCUGUCUCCUUAUACAUUCAGCCGCAGGGAUGUCAGGGAAGAUGAUGUCUUGUUAGAUAUCGCGUACUGUGGGGUUUGUUACGCUGAUGUUAUAUGGUCGAGGAAUUUUAUGGGACAUUCCAAGUACCCCUUAGUACCCGGACAUGAGAUUACUGGUUAUGUGAAAAAGGUUGGCUCCAAAGUUACGAAAUUCAAACCUGGAGAUCGAGUUGGAGUUGGAACAUAUGUUAACUCUUGCAAAGAGUGCGAGUACUGUAAUGACAAGCAAGAGAAUUACUGCGUCAAGGGACAAAUCUUCACUUAUGAUGGUAUAGAUUCUGAUGGUACAGUUACUAAAGGAGGAUAUUCCAGUUACAUAGUUGUUGGUGAAAGAUUCUGCUACACAAUUCCUGAAAGUUAUCCAAUGGAGUUGGCAGCACCAUUGUUGUGUGCUGGAAUUACUGUUUAUUCACCGAUGAUGCGACACAACAUGAAACGACCUGGGAAAUCUUUGGGUGUCAUCGGAUUAGGUGGUCUGGGACAUUUGGCUGUGAAAUUUGGGAAAGCUUUUGGUUUGAAAGUCACUGUGUUCAGCACUAGCGAAUCGAAAAAAGAAGAGGCAAUGACUCAUCUAGGUGCUGAUAAUUUUGUGAUCUCAUCUGAUGAACAGCAGAUGAAUGCACUUACAAAGUCACUGGACUUUGUUCUUAACACUGCUUCUGGUAAUAUUCCAUGUGAUCCAUACCUGAAAACUUUGAAGACUGGUGGUGUUCUUGCGAUGGUUGGCUUCCCGCGCGAAAUAAACAUCAGCCCUGUAGCCCUAAUUCCAGAAGCGAGAACAAUCACGGGGAGUGUAACUGGCGGCACAAAGCAGACACAAGAAAUGUUGGAGUUCUGUGCAGAGCACAAAGUCUACCCGGAAAUAGAAAUUGUCCCAAUCGAUUACUGUAAUGAAGCACUUGAAAGGAUGAUUAAGAAGGAUGUGAAAUACCGCUUUGUGAUCGAUGUUGCUAACUCCCUUAAGUGA